AUGGAGAACCAAACCAAGGUGGGACAAUUCAUCUUGUUGGGCCUGAACAAUGUUUUGGAGCUCCAGUAUAUAGUCUUUGCAAUUUUUCUCCUGUUGUAUGUGGCCACAUUAGUGGGGAAUGGUACUAUUGUGAUUGUAGCUUUAGCUGAACCUCGCCUUCACAGCCCCAUGUACUUUUUCCUUGGAAAUCUUUCCUGCCUUGACAUCAUUCACUCCACAGUAACUGUUCCAAAGAUGCUGGCUGGAUUUCUAACAGAGCUGCAAACCAUCUCCUUCAAUGGCUACAUGGUCCAACUCUUCUUCUUCUACUUCAUGGGUGGUACUGAAGGCAUCCUCCUUGGAAUCAUGGCCUAUGACCGCUAUGUGGCAAUAUGCAACCCCUUGCGCUAUAAUCUCAUCAUGAGAAAAGAGAUCUAUGUUGUAAUGGUAGCAACUGCCUGGUCUACUGGCUUUUCUCAAGCUUUGAUGCAUGCAGUGAUGACUGCUCAUCUACCCUUCUGUGGACCAAAUCAAAUUGAACAUUUUGUCUGUGAUAUCAAGCCAUUGUUGAAACUGGCCUGUGGCAACACACACCUCAACCUCAUGAUCCUCAGUAUUGGGACCAGCUGUGUUGUUAUGGGCCCUUUUCUCAUCAUACUCCUCUCCUACAUCUAUAUUAUUAGUUUCCUUCUUUUAAAAGUUCAGUCCCGAAGUGGUUGGCAAAAAGCCCUCUCCACCUGUGGAUCCCACCUGACUGUGGUGGCUUUACUCUAUGUUCCUGUGUUGUUUAAUUCCAUGCUUCCUACAAUGGGUACCCCAUCACAACGAGAUGUGAUAAUAACUGUCCUUUAUAGUGCAAUUACCCCAGUUUUGAACCCACUUAUCUAUACAUUGAGAAAUCAGGAGGUUAAAAUAGCAAUAAAAAAGAAUUUUGGGAAAAAAAAUACAAUUUGGUGA